CGUCAGUGCGCUCAGACAGAGCAAGCGGGCGUUGCGGGCCCGCCGCCGAGAAAAUUAAUCACGGCUCAUGCGCUCUCGCUCAUCACGGCGGCCCCGCCCGCUUGGGGGCGGGACAGCUCCUGAAGCCGCUGCUGGAGAAGCGGCGCCGGGACCGCAUGAACCGCAGCCUGGAGCGGCUCCGCCUGCUGCUGCUCGACGCCACCGGCGACCAGGUGAGCCCCGGCCCCGCUCCCGGCCCCGCUCCGGGCCCCGCUCCCGGCCCCAAUCCGGCCGCUGCCCCCCGCGUCUCGCCGCUUCUCUUGCAGAGGCUGCGCGACCCCCGGCUGGAGAAGGCGGAGAUCUUGCAGCGCACCGUGCGCUUCCUGCGCGCCCCCCCGCCAGGCCCGGCCGAGCCACCGCGGGACCCUGAGGCCUUCGCCCAGUGCUACAAGAGCGGCUACUGGGACUGCCUGGCGCGAGCUGCCCACUUCCUUCGCGCCAGCCCGGCCGCGGGCACCAGCCCCGAGGCCUUCCUGCUGGAGCGCCUGGCAGCCCCGCCACCCCCCACCACCACAUCUGUCCCCAGCCCCCCAGCGCCCCGUAUGCUCACCAGCCAUGGGCCCCCACUGCGCCUCGCCCCGGACCACAGGGACACGGCCGCACCCAGCAAGCAGCCCCGCGCCCCCGACCCCCCCAGCCAGGCCCCACCACAGCGCAUCUGGCGGCCGUGGCCCUAGGACAUGAACCCGUGGCGGGGGCUCCGUCCCUGCUUGCCAGCUCAGGGGCACCUCCAGGGUCCCGGACUUUGCAGGCUUCCAGGCCCUGGGCACCCAUGUGCCUUCCUCCCUGGGUCCCCUGGGUGGGAGCCAGGGGGCUUUCCCCUUCAAAGCCCCCCAGGGUUCUUUGCCCCCCUGGGUCUGGAGCCCUGGAGAGUUCACGUCUGCGGUGCUGGCCCUGGAGCUGGGCAUGGGGGGCUGGGCUGGGAUGUGGCUCCUCUCUCUGCUUUCCCUUGUAAAUGUUCCCUCCUUGUAUUUCUGGAAGAAACGAUUCAAAUACAGACAGUGACUUCUUA